AUGACAUCAAGUCAGUCGCCUUCUAAUGGUUUCGUUGGAUUACCGCCUCCUCCUCCUCCGCCGCCGGCACCACCCGUAUUUAACAACACAAAUAAUUUAUGUAAAAUUUUACUUCCACAUCAAGAAGUUAAUUUAGUUGUUAAUCGAGCUAAUGUUACGGAAAUUCAAGCACGUUCUAUUCCAACAAUGCUCAUGGCUGGCAAUAAUAUUUGGACACGACGUGUAGUACCAAAUCUUCGUAUACAACAAACUAUAUUUGAUGAACAUUAUGGUGAAUCAAAAUCGACAAUGACAGGGCAUUAUCGAAGAUCAAGUUUAACAACAUCUUUUAUAGGCGGAGGAGGAGGAAUAGGCGGUAUUAAUGACGAUGGACCACUUUCAUUUGUUUUACUUGAUGCUACAUCUAAAAUGCUUUAUGAUGUACCAAUGCGUCAUUUACUACAAUUAGUCAAAAAAGAUCAUGAUGAUGAUGCUAGUAUUGAUCAUGUUAUUCGAGCUAUUGACGAAACACAUAUGAAAUCAGAAUGGCUUGAUGCUGUUACUGCUUUAAAUAAACAAUUUGAUAAACGACCCGAAGAUAAAGCUCGAGUAUUAGCACAUAAAGGAUCAACACAUGGUUUGGUACUUAUAGAACAAUUUUUUGUUAAACUUGUUCGUGUACCAGCUUAUGAAUUUAAAUUAAUUUAUUUAAAAUUUCGUGAAGAAGCACCAACACAACUUGAACGUAUGAGUAAACAUAUAAAUGAUCUACUUGAAAGUGUUCAAGUUAUUUUAACUAAUGAACAAUUACCAGGUAUUCUUCAUUUACUUUGUUUACUUUACAAUAGUAUAACAGGUAAAACAAUUCCUGGUCUUCAUUUUGAUUCCAUAUUAUCUGUUCUUUCAACACGUACACCAAAACAAAAUACAACUAUAUCACAUGUACUUUGUCAUUUAUUAGAAGAACAAUAUUCAACAUUAUUAAAUAUAUUUGAUAAUCAAAUAUUAUUAAAAUUAAAAGAUUUAUCAUCAAUUAAAUAUAUACCAAUUUAUAUUGAUAUAAGAUUAUUAUAUACACGUUAUAAACAAUUAAAUACAACAUUACGUGAAUUACAACAACAAUUAAUUAUAUUACCUGAACAUAUUAAAACAACACUUAAUGAUUUACAACUUACAUUUACAAAAUUAUUUGAUGAUGAAAAUAAAAUAAAAAAAUGUGAAAAAGAUUUAGCAAGUUAUUUUUGUGUUUGGGAUUUAUCACUUGAAGUUUGUUUAUCAACACUUGGACAAUUUAUUGAUAAAAUACGUCUUGCUCAUAUGCAAAAUGUUGAACAACGUCGUCGAAAUGAUUUAGCACUUAAACAACAAUUACAAAAUCAACGUACAUAUGAAAAUCGUACACUUCAAACACCGACAACAUCACGUUUAUUACGAAGUUCACAAAAUCAAUAUGGUUCCGAUACAAAUAUAUUUCGUGAUCAUCUCAAUGUUCCAUUAACACCAACAGCUACACGUCAACGAUUUAAAGUUAAUAAAACUUCACGUGAACGAUUUUGUGCAUCAUCACGUGAUGUUUCUCAUAUUAAUGAUGAUCAACAAGAACAAAUAGAAUCAACAACACCAUCACCAUCACCACCAUUAACAACAUCAAUAAAAUCAACACCAAUGCGUACACAAAAUCUAUUACCAAAUGCAAUACCUCGUAAACGUGGUCAUUCACCAGCAACAAAAACUGUUUUUACAAAACGACCAUUUAAUGCUCUGCCAGUAUGUUCACCACCACCAAUUCAAGAUCAACAACAAUUAGAUGAUGUUUUUGUUUCACCAAUAACAAGUAAUGAAAAAGAAGAUGAUAAUGAUACACAUAUGGAUUGUUCAACAGCAACAACAAUGUCAACAUCAACAGCAACAACAACAACAGAAGAAAUAAAUUCUAUUGAUAUGAAUGUAACUGAUGAUCAUUCAUUACCAACAAAUGACUCAUCAACAGCUCGUAUGAUAUCUGUUUGUGAAAUUCGACCAUCAUUCUAUUUAACAACAUCAAUAAGACGUUUAUUUGAUCCUUCAACUGAUCAAUCAACACCAAAUGAUACUAGUUCAUCUUCGGAAUAUAAAACAGGUAAUUCUAUAACACCAUCAUUCACCGAUUAUCAACAUUAUCAAUAUUCAAAUAAUGAUAAUGAACAUAAUAAAGAGAAUUCAAAAUAUCCAUCAACAUUAACUCCAAUUACAUCAUCAUCAUCAUCUGAAAUACAAAUUCCAACUGAGUUACCUUCAUUAUCAAAUCCUAUUGAAGAUGAUAGUCAACAAUGUUCUAGUUCAUCAUCUUCAUCAUUACCAGCUGAUAUAUCCAAUGAUGAGAAUCAUAGUUUACCUAUAAUUCCAUUAUUACUAUCGGAUUCCGAAACACUUGAUGAAGGUUUUGAAACUCAAUCAAAUAUAAGUGAAACUGUUGAAUUAAUCACUCCACGAUCAUGUCCAUUAGAACCAGUUUCACAUGAAAUUAAUGAUAUCAAAUGUAGAUCAAUUGAAGAAACACUUGCUGACGAUCUUACUCGACGUCUUACUUUUAAUUCAACUCGUCGAUUAAGUCAUGAUAGUGGUAUUCGUAUUAAUAGUAAACGAAUAUCUCUAGCCAAUGCUCGACAAGGAAAUUUAUUGAAAACAUCAGCUUCUGCUUAUAGCUAUCCAACAUUUAAUUCGAAUGGAUUACAAAAUCAACAUAAACAUUUGUUUACAAAACGUACACCAUCAGCUGAGAGUAUACGAUCUAUAUUGAACAAUAAUAAUAGUUCAGCGAUAGCUCUUCGAUCAAGUCGACAUAUACAACGAUGUGCUGUAUCUCGAAGGAUUUGGACUGAAAAAGACUCUGAUGAUACAUCAAAAACUCCAGCUACUUCUCCAUCAUCAUCAACACCAUUAUCUCCAUCGUCAACACAACCAACUUCAGUAGAACCUGAUGAUGUAUCAUCAUCUUCUACUGCUACAACGACAACUACGACUACAACUGCAAAAACAAGUACUAUGACGAUGAUGAAUCAUCGUAUACCGUCUAGUAAAGCUAAAAAUAAAAUUCGUAAUCUUCAAUCGUUAACUAAUGCAUCAUCACGUUCAAAUUCUCCUCUCAUUCGUAAAAUUCCCCCUCGUCUUGGUCAUGCAAGUUCAUGUCAAAAUGUUUCGACAAUAACACCAACCAACACUAAUUCAAAAUCUUCACUAAUAACUAAAACGCGUUCUCCACCAAAUUUUUUCUUAAAUAGUAGUCAACUUCUUCGUUCAACAUUUACUCGAUCAAAUAAUGAAAAGCCUUUACGUGCUUUUCAAAUGUCAACUACAAUGAAUAAUGAAUCAUCCGUACUAAAUCGACCAUCACCAAGAAUACGACGAUUAUUUAGUUCAAGUAGUGAUAUUGAAUCAACAACGAUAUCAUCACCUAAACCUGUUCGAAAACCACCAUCAUCUUAUCAUCAUCAAAAAUCAUCUACGAAUAAAACAGUAUUAACUACUGUUCUUCCAUCUUCUAGUUUACCUACCAAUCGAAAAAAAUCGACUAGUACAAGUGAUCUACGUAAAACAACUCCAAUGAACAGUAGUGUUUUUCAACGUUUAACUCAAUCUAAACGAUUGUAA